AUGGCCACCACUGUUAAUUCACCAUUCUCAGCGGAUGAGAAAUCCAACUGGUUGCUGUAUCUACUUACUGACUCGGCCCUUCCAACUGGUGGAUUCGUCGCUUCCUCGGGCCUGGAAGCUUCCUUUCAAGCUGGUUUGAUCCCAACAGCAUCCACAUUGCCGGAUUUCACCUUAUCUGCAGCGCAUUCAUUCGCAUUCAAUACCGUACCGUUUGUUCGUGCGGGCUACUACACUGUAGAUAGCGAAGAUCCAAUAGCUUCUCUUGAAGAUGCUGAUGCAACAUGUGAAGCUCUUAUGAUUGGCAACACGGUGGCCAGACGUGCUUCGUUAGCCCAAGGAGUUGCUAUGUUGACGCUCCAUAUCAAGUGCUUUUCUCCGGAUGACGAAGUAGUCAAACAAUGGAAAAAGUUGAUAAGAUCGGGAAAAGUAGAUGGUCACUUUGCCGUAUGCUUUGGGCUUGUAUGUAGACAGCUCAGUGUGUCGAUAGAAAACACUUCACAUCUAUGGCUGUACCUAUUUACGCGGACUCUAUACUCAUCUGCGGUUAGAAUGAACAUCAUUGGUCCGUAUGAAGCCCAACGCAUGUUAUUGAGAGCCAAAGAAGGUAUUGAGGAUGUGGUCCAGAAAACCAUGCAUCUUACUAUGGAUGACGCUUGCCAGACUAAUCCGCUAUUGGAUGUGUGCCAAGGAAUGCACGACCGAUUGUACACGAGGUUAUUCAACAGCUAA